GUUCUCCCGCGAGAGCACAGUUCUGGCAGAAACUUCACUACCUUCCGUUGGCAGAGGAAGAUUUUAAACGAAAGGAAAUAGAUAAUGGCUCACAAAGUCCAUUUCUCAAUUUUCGUCCUAAUUCUUCUAUGCUGUGAUGCCCAAGGAGUCUCAGAAGUUGAGGAUAAUAUUGGUCAUAAGGAAAGGGAAGAAUAUUCGCGAAUUGGACUUCUACAGAAUUCCACCAACGGAAACUCAGGAAACCCAGCAACUUCGACUUCGCACCAGACAAUAAGAUAUAGCUGUCCAUCGCCUUACGAACUCGUCGUCAACUAUUGUCUUUUUGUCAAGUGCUUACAGUACGACAGUAUUCUUCAGGGAUGGGAGGUCGCUCGGCAGUACUGCCAGUCUAUAGAUGGGGAUUUGGCGUGGUUUGGGGAUAAAGAUCUGCCCCUAUUCAUGGUUUAUUUGAAUAUGAAUAGGCCAUUUUAUGACCAUUGGAUCGGUGGCAGGCGAUAUAAUUCCACGACAGACUUUGAGUGGGUGAAUGGCCAGAAACUUCCCGAUACUUCCUCAUCCCUGUGGGAUUACACAGAUAACGCAAACUGGAAUUGCGUAUCAAUUUCUGUCCCGAAAGGUUAUGCAAUCAGUAACCAUGACUGUCAGGCCAAAAGAGGUGUGGUCGACUGUUUUAUAUGUAGACUCACUUAGUCCACUUGACCAAUGGUGUUUCCAGUAAAAUGUCUUAUAUCAUGAUAAAAUGAUAUUUUGAAUUUUAGAGAUAAAUAUAUAUUUUCUAAUUGAUGACUUUUAAGAAAAAAAUUACUAUGAUAAGUUUUUUAUUAUUUCAUCAGGGAAAUGAAAACAUCUCAGCGAUGAAAAUUG